AUGGCUAGUUCAGAUGAUGAUGAGAUGGAUGAAGCCAUACCGGCCACAUCAGACAAAAGAGCACCACCAAUAACGGUCCAAGGCGACACAUCCCCAGGUUUCUCUGUGGAUCCAAGGCGGGCUCUGGAGAUGGGUGGGGACCAAGCCCCGAGCCAGGAUCCAAGCUCUCAAGACAACCCAAAACCAAAGGAUUCAAAAGAAGGUAUCACCAGUGUUGAAGGAAGCAACAGACUUUUCCGGCUGCCCUUCCCCAAAAAACUUUGGAGGAUAGUGGAGGAUGACGCCUUCACAUCUGUGCGCUGGAGUCACAAGGGAGACACUGUGGUUAUCGAGGUGGAGCUUUUCCAGAGGCAAGUUCUCAGCCGAAAGGGUGCGGAGAAAAUCUUCGAAUCCGACAGCCUGAAGACUUUCAUCCGUCUGAUGAAUCUCUACGGAUUCUGCAAAAUUCGCCCAAGCAACUCAAUUUGCCAUCCAGGAACCAGAAGACGGAUGAUCUACCACAACCCUAACUUUCAAAGAAACAAGCCUUUGCUCCUGAAGAACAUUAAGAAAAGAUACAAGUGGAUGACCACAGCUGCUUUGCCAGGGAGCCGCGCAUUACCUCCAAAGAGCAAGAAGAGGCAGGUAUCCCUUCCGAGACAUUCACUUAUUAACUAUAGGGAAGACACCAAAGAAAGCAAUGGUGAAACCCAGAAGAAGGCCCCAAGUGCUCAGGGACCCAGUGGCACCCAGCCAUUCCAGUUCCCAGGUCUGAGGUGCACAAGCAGUGUUAUGAUUGCCCACUCCCCAAAUGACCCAGGUGGCCCCAGUGGGGAGUGCAUAUCCGGGAUUGUCCCAUUGGCCCCCAGGUUUCCUGCCGGAACUGACAGCACAGGGGACCUGGCCACCAGCUACCUAAAUUUCUCACUGUAUGACUCAGUGAUGUAUCUGUUCAACACCUGCUACUCCAUCCUGAUAGCUGCCCUUUCCGUCAUAGGGGAACGUGGUGAGCUGGACACGGAGGGCCCCUCCGAUCGCCUGUCUGUCUUGUGCGAGCACAUUCCAGACGAUCCAGUACCCUGA